AAAAGUUGCGGGCGCGUGCCCCACAUUUGUUUUUUUCGGUUUCUUCAAACAGAAAAUGGCAUUUUUCCCGUAGAAUUUCCAAUAUAUUCGUUAAUACAGAUGGUGUAGAAAUUGAUAUGCAUUGAUAUUGUAAAAAAGCUUCCAGGAGAUCUUAUUCCAUAAGAUAUAACUUUCUAUCGUGCACUAUACUGUCCAUAUUAAAUCUGCGUCUGAGGCAGUUGACAGUUGACGGAUCGACGAUCAACAUUUAUUAACCAUUUUUCUGACAAAUGGCUGAAUGUAUUACUCCCCUGUUAAGUGAUCUCAAUGAGGCUGUAGACUCAUUCUUGGCUCUAUUACCUCGGAGUGAAUAUUGAACACAUGUAUUCGUUUAGCUUGAAUAUUUCGAGAAAUAUAAGAUUGAAGAGAAUUGUUAAGAUUCUUGAAUCAUCAAGAGUUCAUGCUAACAAUGAAUACCACGACUAUGAAAAGGACCAGAUGCGUCCUUUGGACAUGUUGGCAGCUCUUUAUAUUGAAGAAGCCAACCGCGAAAAUAAUAAGAAGAAAAAGAAAGAUUUUUUGAAUAAAGUUAGUUUACUGUAUACUGCAUCAGAUAAAAUCCCCGUGCACAAUCAGAAUCAGUUGAUUGGAAAAGCUUACUUUUGUUUGUUUAAUAGUUACGAACUGGAUCAGGUCAAUUCGUAUUGAAUCAAUCUCCUAAUAAUAUUCCAUCUUUACUUGGUAAAGUCUGAAUUGCUAAUAAUAAAAAAGAUUAUCGAGGUGCUUUGACUUUCUACAGAAAAGUACUACGAAUAAAUCCACGGUGCCCUUUUGAAUGUUAGGGUUAAAAUGGGACAUUGUCUCUUAAAACUAUAUUAUUAUAAUGAAGCAUAUCUAGCAUAUCAAAGCGCUUUAAAAAUUGAUGAACAGUCUGUUGAAGCAUGUCCUAAGCAUAAUGGAAAGGCUAGUUUCGAGUUAUUGAUAAAGGCAAGAGAUAUUGAUUCGAAAAACCCAGUAGUAUGUUAUUGUUUAGAGGAAAACUAUGAUGAUGCUCUACGGGCGGCUUUAAAUGCAUUACGUAAUACAAAAACAGCAUCGAUACGUUCUGAAAGUUACUAUAUACUAGCCAAGUCAUUCCAUCGUUUGCGCCGUUACGAUCAAGCUUUUAAAUAUUACUAUCGAUCAAUAUUAAUUGCUCCACCUAAUUUUAUGUUACCAUGUUAUGGAUUCUGAAAAAGUAAGUUUCAC